AGAGUGCAUUGCGCUUUCACACAAACCACCCAAACAUCUUCGAAGGCUACAUUUUAGUCAGCUAAACAGACCUUCAAUCUAUCAGUAAUAUAUUCACAGCAUUGAACAAAGUGAUACAGUUUUCAUCCACAGACUAUUUUUAACUAAGUAAACGAGCAAGGUUCCUCAAUGGACCAGGAGUAUGAGAGGCGGCUGUUGCGGCAGAUCAACGUGCAGAAUGUAAACUGCAGUCCUAUUAAAGCGACAGAGGGGAUCCGCAACCUGACGCCUACUAGCUCUCCACUAUCGUCACCCAGCAAGCACGGGGACCGCUUCAUCCCAUCCCGCGCCGGGGCCAACUGGAGCAUCAACUUCCACAGAAUUAAUGAGAACGAUCGUUCGCCCAGUCAGAACAGAAAAACGAAAGAUGCCACCACAGACAAUACUAAAGCAGCAGACGGGCUGGCCUACUCAGCCCUGCUGAAGAACGAGCUGCUGGGGGCGGGAAUCGAGAAGGUCCAGGACCCCCAGAGUGAGGACCAGCGGCUGCUACCAUCCACACCAGAGAGGAGGAGACUCUUUAAUUAUUCUCUCAGUGCCAAGCGAUCAUCACCCGAUGACAACAAUACUCUCUCGCCAUACUCCCUAUCACCUGUCAGUAGUAAGAGCCAGAAGUUAUUACGUUCACCACGGAAGCCAACGCGCAAAAUCUCCAAGAUCCCCUUUAAGGUGCUGGACGCUCCGGAACUGCAAGAUGACUUCUACCUGAACCUGGUGGACUGGUCAUCGCUCAACGUCCUCAGUGUGGGCCUGGGGACCUGCGUCUACCUGUGGAGUGCCUGCACCAGCCAGGUUACGCGUCUUUGUGAUCUGUCAGUAGAGGGCGACUCGGUCACAUCAGUUGGCUGGUCAGAACGAGGGAAUCUAGUGGCGGUGGGCACACACAAAGGCUUUGUGCAGAUAUGGGACGCGGCUGCCGGCAAGAAGCUCUUUGCGCUCGAGGGCCACACGGCAAGAGUUGGUGCUCUGGCGUGGAACGCGGACCAGCUGUCGUCGGGCAGCAGGGACCGCAUGAUCCUGCAGAGGGACGUGCGUACGCCGCCGCAGCAGUCGGAACGCCGUCUCCAGGGCCACAGGCAGGAGGUGUGCGGCCUCAAGUGGAGCACGGACCACCAGCUGCUGGCCUCCGGGGGCAACGACAACAAGCUGCUGGUGUGGAACCACUCGAGCGUGGUGCCGGUGCAGCAGUACACGGAGCACCUGGCGGCGGUGAAGGCCAUCGCCUGGUCGCCGCACCAGCACGGCCUGCUGGCCUCCGGGGGAGGCACGGCCGACCGCAGCAUCCGCUUCUGGAACACGCUGACGGGCCAGCCCCUGCAGUCCAUCGACACCGGCUCACAGGUCUGCAACCUGGCCUGGUCCAAGCACGCCAAUGAGCUGGUAAGCACACAUGGAUACUCGCAGAACCAGAUACUGGUGUGGAAGUACCCCUCCCUCACCCAGGUGGCCAAACUGACAGGACACUCCUAUCGAGUCCUUUAUCUGGCCAUGUCACCUGACGGGGAGGCCAUAGUCACAGGAGCUGGCGACGAGACUCUGCGCUUCUGGAAUGUCUUUAGCAAAACCCGCUCCACUAAGGAGUCCGUAUCUGUCUUGAAUCUCUUCACCCGAGUACGAUAACACACACAGAGAGGAAGGCCAAAUCAUGUUGAGCAUGUGCCCUCCAUUUUUAAAAGGCGGACGAUGAGAAGACAAUUGAGGUGUGAAAAGAAAAGAAAUGAGGAUUCUUUUUGUGUCUGUUUUGGAUGUUUACAGAAUUGUAUUGAUUUGCAUCAGGACUGCCUUGUACACAUUCAGGAUUUACUUUCAAGAAGCUUACUUGAUUUGGGAUUUUAUUUUCUGUGUUUAUGUUUGCGAUCAAUGCACAUUUUGUAACAUUUUUUUUGUGUUUUAAGUUGCUAAAUAUCUUCUUUUUUUGUGUACCAUACUGUAAAAGCAUUGAGAAAUCUAAGUGUCCUGAAUCAUUGCAUUAUAAAGGUUGCUGUCCUUUA